GAUUACCAGACCGGAUGUCAGCGACACAUCAUUUCUGAAAUUCGGACGGAAGAUCAAAAUCCUGCAGUUGUCCGAAAUAUCGGAAAUCGGAAACAUUUGAUGCCGAUAAGAGAUGCCGCCGAAGCAGCAAUCGAAGGCCGAUUUGGCGAAGAAGCAGAAGAUCGUAGAGGACAAGACCUUCGGGCUCAAGAACAAGAACAAGAGCAAGAAUGUCCAGAAGUAUGUUCAGACCCUCAAGCAAUCUGUCCAGCCGAAACCCGAUCCUUCCAAGACCGCCGCUAAGAAGAAGAAGGAGGAAGAGAAGGCCAAGGACAAGGAACUGAAUGACUUAUUUAAGGUUGCUAUUAGUCAACCGAAAGUACCAGUUGGUGUUGAUCCCAAGUCUAUACUAUGUGAGUUCUAUAAAGCGGGGCAGUGUGCAAAGGGUUUCAAGUGCAAGUUCUCACAUGAUUUGAAUGUUCAGAGGAAAGGAGAAAAGAUUGACAUUUACAGUGAUAAGCGUGAUAAUGAAGAAACAAUGGAGGAUUGGGAUCAAGAAACUUUGGAGAAGAUGGUCGAGUCGAAGAAAAAUGAGUACCAGCAGAACAAACCAACUGACAUUAUCUGUAAAUACUUCUUAGAAGCAGUGGAGAAGAAACAAUAUGGUUGGUUUUGGGUCUGUCCCAAUGGAGGCAAAAAUUGCCACUACAGGCAUGCUCUUCCUCCAGGAUAUGUUUUGAAGUCACAGAUGAAGGCUCUGCUGGACGAGGAGAGUGAAAAAAUACCCAUUGAGGAGGAGAUUGAAAAUCAGCGUGUUAAAUUGACAACUUCAACACCUAUGACUCCUGAGCUAUUUAUGCAAUGGAAGAAGAAAAAGAUUGCAGAAAGAGAUGCCAGCUUAGCUGCAAAAAUGGCAGAGCGAGCUAAGAAUGACCGUAUGAGUGGCCGUGAACUAUUUUUGUCAGAUUCUAGCUUAUUUGUGGAUGAUGCUGAGGCAGAUGAGAAGUACCACAAGGAGGAAGAACCUGCAGUUGCUGAAAAGAAGGCCAAUGAGAACUCUAAUGGAGAUGGACCGAGCAACUCAGCAACAGCUGGUGGUGAUGCUGAAGUUACCAAUGUUGAUGAUGACGAUGAACUGGACAUAGAUGAGUUAAACGAGUUGGAAGCAAGCUUAUCGAAUGUAGCAAUUCAAGAUCCAGGCACUCAUGCUUAGUCCACAAGAGCCAAUCUGAAGUCUGCAUACUUUUUUUUUGAGUGUGGAAUCGUGUUAUUUUCUGUAAGCUCAUGACCCCCUCAAGGAGCAUAACCUCUCGGAUGCUCUCUGAAAGGUUAUAAUGUUCACCCGUCAAUGAUCUUAGCAUCCUUGGGGAUCAUAAUGCGCAUUUGUGUUAUUUAUCUAAUUUUCCUGGGUCGAUAGUCCCUUAAGAAGGAUACAAGAAUAAUCGUGUUGCGUUGUAUUUUACCUGAGCAUUGUAGGAUGCAAGUAAUGUCUCCUCUCAGUUAAUGCCAGAACUACCUAAAUGUUGAAGAAUUUGAACAAAUGUUUCUCCUGGAUUCAA